GUUCAAGCCCUUGCGGGCUAGCACCUUAUUCACUUCAGCGCUGCAGUGCCCUUGCGAGCAGGGAAAACAACCUACUGAGCGAACCACCAGGGUGCGACUAGGCAGUGCGGAUACUAGUUAGUGAGCUACACGUUCGGGAUCCUUUGGCACCCUUCAGCGAUCAGUGGGAAAUCUUCGAGGCCGUAGCACUCGCCGAGACGUUUCCCAGAUACUCGGCUACCCGGUGCCUUCAACAGUACCUACCUAGCCCGGAAACGUUGACUGACCGCGUCAGCAAUGGGGCCAGGUUUCGACCCGACCGGAACGCUGUCUGCGGUGUCGCCUACGGACCAGAACAGUCAAAGUGAUAUAUCUUUUUCAGUGAAUGGUCAGCGCGGUUCGUUGCCCUUACCAACCCUACCGAGUAUGAAUAAACGGCUGGAUGGUGUACACUCGAAUUUGACGCCGCACCCGUAUCUCAGCAAUAGCUAUCAGCUGCCGCUGUCUACGAUUGAUUAUCAUCCACAGCAGCAGCCUCGUGUCGGAUCGCGGCCAUCGGUCGACCUGUUACUUAUCCAACCACCGCCCUUGCAACUCUCCAAUCAUUCAAGUUUGCGGACCCUAUCGGAUACUUCGCAUGAGCCGGCAAACUCACGGACGGGAAGCAGCUUGCAGCAGCAGCCAAGUCUAGCUGCUGAGGCAGCACCCGAAGAACCGGCUGAAGGAACCAUGUCUAGCCAGCUGAAACGCGAGGAGCAACGAAUUGAUCUGAAAGUCCUUCAUCACCUCAAUAAGGACAAUAAUCGCCAAAAGCAGAAGAGGUUCAAGCGAACUGUCACGGCUGUGCAUUCCAUUGUGACCCAUAAGCUUUACAAGAGCAAGGCGUCGAGCUUGGAAACGUACUUCAGGGAUGCUUGGAAGAUCUCACGAGCUCAAGUCUACCGGUUUCUGGAUUGUGCGAUCAUUCUGAAGGUACUCGCAAAAUCCUUGAUGUCAGCGCAUCACUGGCCGUAUCGCUUUAUCUCUACUGAUCAUUGUUCUCCUGUCCAUAGCAAUUGCAAGACUUCCCGGAACAGCCGUCGCGCGAACGACUUUGCCGCUCGUUGAAGCGUGUCGCAAAGAAUCGAACGGACAUCCAGACCCUCUGGAGAACAGUGCUGGAGAAAGUCAAUGGAGAUCAUGAGUCCGUCACUAGCACCAUCAUCAAUACU